UUUUUGUUUCUAUUUAAUAUUCAAAUUAAUCGUACCAUGGAAUUCUAUACGAACUAUGAUGGACAAAUGGAUAUGUGUUCCAAUAGUCGUAUAAGUCAUUCGGAAUCUGAUUCAUCGAAUGGUAAACCCCGACAUGCCGUAAAUGCCCGUGAACGUUGUCGAACACAGAGUGUAAAUAGUGCCUUCAAUACCCUGCGCACCUUAAUACCCACCGAACCGUAUGAUCGCAAAUUGUCAAAAAUUGAAAUAUUACGUUUGGCCAAAAGUUAUAUCGCCCAUUUGGAUGCAGUCAUUGUAACAGGCAACACAGAAAAACCAUGCUCACUCUACUCAUCUCAAUCGCAUCAGUGUAGUGACAUCCGAGAAGAAGGAUCCCGAACAAGUAUUUGCACGUUUUGUGCAAAUAAAAUAAAUAAAUGUUAAACA